AAAUUGAUGGAGGGGAGGAGGGGUCCAAAAAUCGCUCUCUAGGAAAUUACCGUAUAUUUCAGGGUUAGGUUAGGUUAAUACACUAUGGGUCGCGCGCUGCUGUUAGGACAGGCUGGGGGCCGAGCGCCGCGGCUAGAACUGGCUCUUUUUCUGUUUUACUAUUCAUUGCGGCAUGCAAACGUAACUGCGUUUGGCGGCUAUCAUGUUCUUGCUCUGCUAACUGGGAAAAGCCACGAUAUUCAUUUUUAGAUGUUAAACUAACUUUAUGAUCAAGUACAACGAAUUAUUAUUCAUAUUCAUCCAUAUUUUUACUUAACUACAAAGCAUAAGAUAAUACAAAUAAAAAAUCACAAUUUGCUAUGUAGUUUGGACCCGCCUAACAAGAGUUUUUGCUAUGAUCAAAGUACAGCCAUAAAUUAGGAUGAUGUCUUGGGUCCGUCCAAGUUAACGAUUUUUGGACCCUCCUCCUCCCAUCAAUUUUGUACAUGACCAAUAAUUUUAAGUUAUUUUGUAUUUAUUUUAGGUUACUUGUACGGAUCCUUAUAAACUCAAAUUACAACAAUUUUAAUUUUAUUUUUCCAGUUUAAAUGGCAGGAUCUGCUCUUAGACGAUUGAUGGCCGAAUAUAAACAGAUCUCUCAAAACCCUCCAGACGGACUAGCAGCAGGACCAGUAACUGAAGAUAACUUUUUCUUAUGGGAAGCAGCAAUCACAGGACCGGAGGAUACACCAUUCCAGGAUGGUGUAUUUAUUGCUGAACUAGCAUUCCCCCAAGACUAUCCACUCAACCCACCUAAAAUGAAAUUUAAAUCAGAGAUAUUUCAUCCAAAUAUAUAUCCUGAUGGCCGUGUAUGUAUUUCUAUUCUACAUCCACCCGGAAACGAUCCUUUAGGUUAUGAAUCCAGCAAUGAACGAUGGUCUCCAGUUCAAAGUAUAGAAAAGAUCCUAUUGUCUGUGAUGUCUAUGAUAGCUGAACCCAACACUGAAUCUCCAGCUAAUGUUGACGCUGCAAAACUGUGGAGAGAUGACAAGGAAGAGUUCAGGAAGAGGGCCUAUCUCUCCGUCAGGAAGUCCUUGGACAUGUAAACUCCUCUCUCCAGUGUUUAUAAUUUAAAGAGACUGUUCACGUAGUUUUUAGUGUUCUUUCAAUUAUUAAUUGUUACGACAUUUAUGUCUAAGAAAAUUGAAACAAGUGGCAACUUUCUUUUUCGUGAUUUUUGGAUUUCUAUAGGAAAGCCGAAACUAGAUUAUGGCCGAAAUUUAAUCGCAAUUAGAACAGAUAAUGGUUUAAAGGAUACUUUCUGAAAUUGUCAUAGAACCCAAAAUUUCGUGGACUUUCCCUUUAGACAUAACAAUAAACUAGGUUAUUUAAGUUCUCUAAACCGUAUAUCUUGCAUAUCUUCUAUUCUAUACUUUUACUGUUACCUCAAAACAUUUAUGAAUAUGAUUUGACGACAGAAUGUCAUAAACCUGUUAAAAUAAAAUUUCAUUCUUUAGAUCCUGUUAUCUUAAUUAUUAAGCAAGACGUUUUUUCAAUUAUGUAAUUUGUAAAUGCAUACCAUAUUUUUUUGUCAUGUAUAUAUUCGAAGCUUAAGUUAAAAUAAUUCUAUAUUUGUAUAUGAAAUAUGGCUUGUAACGAUUAUUGUCCUUCAACGGUUAUUUGUUAGAGGACGUGUGUACGUAAUUUCGAGUGUCCCUUUAAUUAAGGAGUUGUCCGAUUCACAAGGGUACCCUUCAAAUUUUUAUUUAAGUAGCAAUGAGCAGAAUAUCGUAUUUAUUUAUCAUACAAAAUAUAAAAUUGUAUGAUAUAUGAUUUGAUAAAAUUGUAUGAUAUAUGAUUUGAUAAAAUUGUAUGAUAUAUGAUUUGAUAAAAUUUCCUUCUUUGUGUCUUUGCAUAUAAAUCCGCUCGGCACAAUUGGAAACUAUCAAUUUUCAGAAAGCAAAACUAGAACAUCUUCAUCAUUUAUGCUCAGACGAAGAAUUAAGGGUAAAGUAGUAAACUCACAGGACGCUUUCUGAAGAGAAGGUCAUUUGAAAUUGCUUCGAUAGUUUCUUAAAUAGUGGACUGGUUCUUAUGUUUAAUAUUAUUAUAUGAAAAAUGCCUAAUAUUCUUUGUUGAAUAUAUUAAAUAUUUAGUUGUUCUAUAUUUUUGUAUGUUUUCUAGA